AUGAUAUAGUAGGAACGUAAAGAUGACUUAAAACUUAAGAUUCUUCUCUCAUCGUCAGUCAAGGUCAAAUCCGAGGCUGAUUGCAGAUAUUUUGACAAGAUCAUCCCCUUAAAUGAAAAUCAAGCUUUUAUUUAUUACGACGGUGGCUCAUAUGAAUUGUAUGACAUUGAGUCACAAAAUAUAAUUGGCUAAGGCCAAAUCACCUGUGAUGUCAAAUUUUUCUCUCAGAUCUACCCCAUGACCUUGAGUUACCUUGACCCAGAUGAUUUGAAAGUCAAGUUGUUGGAUCUUAAAACCGGUAAACUCAACCAAUCCUUUACCUUCCAGGCUAGCAAUGUGGUUAAACAAAACAGUGAAAAAUAAUAAAAGGAAACUUUGGCUGAUAAAUUUCGCCUCAUGAUAUUAGACAGAUAAGCAGACAAGAUUAGAUACUUAAUCACUUAAGAUUUGGAAAAACAAUAUUCAAAUAAUAACACAUGUCACUUCAUCAUUAGAAUCAUCCCUCAAACCUACGCAGCAGACACUCAAUUUGACAUGAGUCCUGUUUUUGAAUAUAACUAUCCAAAUAAGACAGGAUAAACUGAGUUAUUCAACUGGUAGGUUGAUGAUGAGACAUUCGCUGUUUAUGGAUAAGACUUCGAAGUUGGACAAGCUGAAAUCAUGUUGAUCAAGCCCCACUUAGCUCAGAAAGCAUUUUACAUUAUUUAAGUCAAAGACGCAUUGCCUUACACCUUAAUCAAUGUUACCAAUUGGAUACAUCCUCAUUUAAUUGCUCUUUGGUAAAAUAACAACAAUGGAGACGCCAAGCCAACCAUUUUUACUAUUGAUAUAAGAUCUUAUUAUGAUGGAGAAAAUUGGUUACCUGAACCAGAGUAUAACGCGGUUAAAGUCAGAGAUGAAUAUGUUGGAGAAGAGCCAGUUACAUUUAUGGAUAUCUAUCAAUUCCAAUUGAAUUCCACAUAUGUUUUGUAAUUUAGACUUGUUGGUAUUGAUCCAAGACUUUCACUAAUUAAUUAUGCCAAUAUUGAUAAACCUGAAGUGAUCAACGAAGUAAAAGUAGAUGACUUUUUCCAUGAAUUCCCAGCAAAUAAAUCCUAUUUAUUAACAUACAAUGAUUUGGAAGUAAAAAAUGGACAAGUAGAAUUUACCAUUGUGUUUCCAGUUGAUGCAAGACAUCAAUUAUUAUAAAUAAUUGAAAAAGCAAAAGUAAUUGAAAAAUAUGGCAUUAACUACGUAGAAGAAUUAUUUGAAUUCUAUUAAUGAAAUUCAUAUUAAAAGAAAAUAUUAAAUUACGAACAGCCUUUUUC